AUGCAUACUAAUACACAUUUUAAAAUCUUUUCAGAAAUCAAGAUAUAAGAACAAUCAAAUAAUCCUACUCCAACAUAAUUUUUAAGUGCUAGAACUAUAAGACCUUCUCUUUUUUUAAAUGAAGAUUUUCAUCUUCCAUUAAUAUCUCCUUAAAAAAAAUAAGCUACUGAAUAUUAAAUCAUUAAAUAAACUUUACCUAAAAGUUAAGCUGUCAGUCCUGUCUUUAGAAAAACUUAAACUGAAGAAGAUGUUGAAGAUCAAUUUUUAUUUUUAAAAAAUACUUUCAGAAAAUCAAAAAAAUAAAAACUAUUUAUAAAAGACCACCAUCAAUCUCAUUAAUUCUUACCUUAAAUUGAAGAUCAUUCCAAUAAAAAUGCUGAAUAUUCUACUCCUAAGAAUUAUAUUUCAACUCUCAAUAAUAUAACAAUUGAAUCUCAACCUUUUCACUCUCCUUUAACAAAAUAAGGUACAAUUGUUUUAAACUAAGAACAUCCAACUCAAAUCAUUGAUUAUAGAAUUUCAAAAGAAAUUGCUCAUCCAUAACAAAAUCAUAUUUCAUCUCCUGAAUAGAUCAAUUAAACAAAUAAUAUUCAUUAGCCACCACAACAUAAAAAAACUGUUUCGUUUCGUAAAUCAAUUAUUGUAAUUGAUAUCAAUAAUGGACAAGUUUCCAAAGAUUAAUUAUCAGAAAAUGCUAAACCACUUUAACAUAUAUAAAAAACAGAAAUUAAAGAAGAACAUCAUGAUGACGUCAAAAAAAAAAUAUUUCGAAAGACAAGAAAUUUUCAUCUAAGUGACAUAUAAUCUGAAUAUCAUGAACAUUGA